AGAUCGAGUGAGGAUCACUCUGCAUCAAGUCUCCUAUCCAGAAGCCAACCAACCAAACACUCAACAUGAAGUACGCAUUCGCCUUCGUCCUGAUCGCUCUGUUCGCGGUGAUCGUCGUGUCGCACGCAUAUCCUCAAGAGACUGCCUCCGCUUCUUCCAACGACGGUUCCAGCGCGCAGGCCACGGCGGAAGUGCAGCUAACCCCGGAGGAAGAGGCAGCAAUCGAGGCGAUGGGAGGCCGCAAGUUCUGGAGGAAGCUGCUGCGGGUUGCUGUGAAAGUUGGCGGAAUUAUACUUACACAAGGAUAAAUAAAAGCUUCUAGAUACCCCAAAACUGCACUCUAAAA